AUGGAAGCCACCUCCUCCCUCACGCGCUCCCUCUCUCUCUCCCUCGCGCCCCGCCCACGCGCCGCGAAAUCCCCGCGCAUGCCCACCCUCUCCCCGGCGCCCCGCGUCCUCCCGCUCCGCCGCGCAAGAUCCGACGCCGACCUUCUCCUCGGGCCCGUCACCGCCGCCGCCGCGGCAUCCUCCGCGUCCGUCCUCGUCCGCCCGCCGCGCCCACGGACCCUCCAGGACUGCGACGGCGACGCGCCGAUGGAGGACUGCUUCGACGGCGCCGGCGGCAAGGGCAACAACAACAACAGCUCCGGCCGCGGCGGGGGCGGCGGAAGCGGCAGCGGCAGCGGGAGCCAGAGCGCCGGCAUGGGCGAGCACUACCGGAGGGUGCUGCGGCUGGAGCCGGACAACCCGCUGCUGCUGCGCAACUACGGCAAGUACCUGCACGAGGUGGAGCGCGACCUGCCGGGCGCCGAGGAGUACUACGGCCGCGCCCUGCUCGCCUGCCCCGGCGACGCCGACCUGCUCAGCCUCUACGGCCGCGUCCUCUGGGAGGCCGACCAGGACAAGGACCGCGCCGACGGAUACUUCCAGCGCGCCGUCCAGGCCGCGCCCGACGACUGCUAUGUGCUGGGAUCGUACGCGAGCUUCCUGUGGGACGCCGACGAGGACGACGAGGAAGCCAGCACGGCGGCGGCCCGUGGCUCCCCGGCGCUGGUGCCGGCUUGCUGA